UAACUGUCCCCUGGAAAUAUUUUAGCACUGACUGGGACGGACGUUUCUAAAACUCCCCGGGCGCCUCUGAAAUGAAUUCUGGACGAUCUUCUACUCCGGGAAGCCCUGCACCCGCGUUGCGUUGGAGGUCACGCUAAAUGCGGUAGAACUGAUUGCUUUGGACUUCAGUAAUCCGUGGGCCACAGUGCCCCAGGGCGAGUUAUUAGUUAAGACUGAGAUAAGUACAGGAAUUACAAGAGGUUCCCCAGCGGCUGGUCCUGGGCCCAGUUUGCAUUAGUGAGCUCGGCGCGCUGCAGCGCACGUGCUAAUGAAACUGGCUGCUUACCCAAAGUCGGGAGGCAUCGUCAACGGAGCGGAGGACGAGGAUAUCCUUGGUUGACACGGAUGAAGACUCCGAAGAAAAGGUAGACCAUGUAGGCCUAGAGAACUGCUUUCUAGGUAGAUGCUGGCUCCUCUGAAGGGGACUAGAAGGACUAACCUAUUCAUGUGUCUAGAGACUACCUUAAGAGGGGACUUUUGUGCUGGAGAAUAAGAUGAAAUCAUGCUUCAGGGGCCACCACCUAAACCCCCACGCCGGCAAGGAGGCUGGGCACAUGAUCCUGUACUAGCAUCUAGCAAGUCAGGAAGAAAACAUGCAGAAGAAGUAGAAGACCAUCGUCUCAGGCAGCAGAGCCUAGAGGCAUCAGAUGAUGGAGGAGACAUUCCUGUGAUCCCUGACUUGGAGGAAGUCCAGGAGGAAGAUCUGGCUAUGCAAGUAGCAGCUCCUCCCAGUGUCCAGGUGAACAGAGUGCUGACUUACCAUGAUCUGGACAAAGAUCUUAUGAAGUAUGCUGCCUUUCAGACUCUGGAUGGAGAGGUUGACCUGAAGCUUCUCAGCAAAGUUUUGGCUCCAGAGCAGGAGCUACGAGAGGAUGAUGUCAGCUGGGAUUGGGACCAUCUCUUCACAGAGGUGUCCUCAGAACUAGUGACUGAGUGGGACCUAGGACAGUCUGAGAGAGAGGAUCACCUCAGUCUGCCCUAGCACACUGGCACGUAAGCUGUCUUCCCAUGCACAUAUCCUCUGUAAAUAAUUUAGCACUUUAAUUUUCUAUUCACGUGUUUGUAUUUGAAAAUGUAUUUCAGAUAUGGAAAUAAAUAUAAGCUUCAUAGGAAAACUGG